CCCCCACGAAAGAAUAAGGCACAUCUUCUCAACCCUGAAACGCUGAGCAAAAAUCUGUAAGCUUAAUCUCUCUCUCUCUCAGGUCUCGUCGUCGUCGUCAUCAAAUGGGGAGUCUCUCCGGCUAUCGUGAUUCGUGCCCGUCUGUGAAGAACAUUCUUCUUCUAGACUCUGAGGGGAAGCGUGUGGCUGUCAAGUAUUACACAGAUGAUUGGCCAACCAAUGGUGCAAAGCUAGCUUUUGAAAAAUCUGUGUUUACUAAGACUCUAAAGACAAAUGCAAGGAUAGAAGCGGAGAUCAUGAUGUUCGACAGCAACGUUGUUAUAUACAAGUUUAUGCAGGACCUUCACUUCUUUGUGACUGGAGGUGACGAUGAAAAUGAACUCAUUUUAGCCACUGUACUUCAGGGUUUCUUUGAUGCAGUAGCCCUUCUCUUGAGGAACAAUGUCGACAAAAGGGAGGCAUUAGAGAACCUGGAUCUCAUACUUCUAUGCUUUGAUGAGAUUGUGGAUGGAGGGAUGAUACUUGAAACAGAUCCAACUGUUAUCGCAGGAAAGGUGGCAACUCAUACCAUGGAUGCUGAUGCACCAUUGUCUGAGCAGACUAUUACACAAGCAUGGGCUACAGCAAGGGAACAUCUAACCAGAACCCUUCUCAAAUGAUUUGUGUAUCAAAACAGUGAAUUAGCUGGCCUACUUUUUGGUGUUAUUGAUGAAAUUGUUUUGAUGUUGACAAGGUCGUGCUCUCUUAAUUCAUGUUGUAGAUCUCAUUGGAUCAGCUGGAUCAUAUGCUAUGAGCUUGUUAUGUGCUCUUAUACCAUUAUUCUUUUUGUGAGCUUCAAUAGUAGUCGCUUUUGAUUCAUCUUGCUUCAUCUCAGAAAACGAAAAGUUGUUGGUCUGAAAAUUAGGUUCUUUAUUACUGAAUUGAAACAAAGCAAACUGCUGGCUCAUUGGCCUGCUGAAAAUGUGAAGGCUCUAUUCCCGCCUCGCCUAAAAACUUCCCUUUGCUGCCAUGUCCUUGUUGGGGUUUGAUUAAACAGGAAAUCCUUCUUUGCUAUGAAGGCAAUGGUUCCUUUUGCCCCUUCCUCCACCUCUACGGCUCUACCCCCACAUGGUUCAGAUGAUCACAACAUGGGAUGCAUAAGAGUGAUGCACGCUAUGACAUGUUCUUGCUCACCUUCUCCUCUCGCAAUGUACAAAAUGGCGUUUAGUCUUGGUCAAAUCUCCCCAUUGUUGCAGCUACAAUGUAAACGAGAACCCAUCCCCGCAACCGUAAGACGAGACCUGCCCCUUCAAUCUG